UGGUGGUCCUACGCCACGCUAAAACGUACGCAAACUCAAGAAUGAAUACUAAGGUUGCUAUCGUUUUGAUGGCAGUGGCCAUCCAAAUUUUAUACGCGAAAGAUUUGAACAAAGAAGCGAACCAGAGCUCGCAGGACGUCGAAGAAUCGGAAGCAACAGAAAAGAAGACAGAGAAACGUGGACUCCAUCACAGUUUUGGUGAUAUAGGCAAUGUUGACUUGCACGGUGGUGGAGACGGCGGUGCCACGUACGAUCAACACGAACAUGUGAAGACGGUGACGGUUGUGAAGAAAGUGCCGGUACCAGUCGAAGUAACGAAGCACGUGCCCUAUCUGGUGGAGAAACAUGUGCCGUACGAGGUAAAGGUCGGUGUGCCGCAACCCUACACCGUCGAAAAGCAUGUGCCUUAUCCUGUGAAGGUGUUCGUCAAAGUACCGGUGCACGUGCCGCAGCCGUACACCGUCGAAAAGAAGGUGCCGUACGAGGUGAAAGUGCCUGUAGACAAGCCCUAUGAGGUCAAAGUAUAUGUACCGCAGCCCUACACCGUGGAGAAACACAUACCGGUGCCGGUAAAAGUGCCGGUGCCGCAACCCUACACAGUCGAGAAGCACGUACCCUUCCCGGUAAAGGUGAAGGUGCCGGUGCCACAACCUUACGCGGUGGAGAAACCGGUGCCUUACGAGGUGAAGGUGCCAGUGGACAAGCCAUAUCCAGUUCACGUGCCGAAACCGUAUCCGGUUACUGUAGAGAAACCGUAUCCGGUACCGGUGGAAAAACCCAUACCGUAUGAAGUCAAGGUACCGGUAGAUAAACCGUACCCGGUGCCGGUGGAAAAACCUUAUCCAGUGCCAGUAAAGGUUCCGAUACCGCAGCCGUACCAUGUGCACAAGCCGGUGCCGGUGCCUGUGGAAAAGCCGGUCCCGGUGCCUGUGAAGGUGCCGGUCGACAAACCGUACAUCGUCGAGAAGGAGGUACCAGUUCCAGUCGAGAAGGAAGUACCGGUGCCGGUUAAAGUUCCGGUAGCUGUACCGGUGCACAUACCGAAGCAUCAUGAUGAUCACGGGGGUGAUUUAGGCGGCGGCUUCGAAUUGCACUCCGGUUUCGGUGGUGGCGAUUCUCACUCAAUUCAUGGCUGAUUCUCGCAACGACAGACAGAGAACGAUACAGCACGCGAACUAGCUUUCGCUCUCGAUGUAUGAGUCACGUACUUUUUUUUCCGAAUCGGAAUACUUUCUCUUGAGAACUUAGCAAUCAUCAUAACGAACGAUCUCGCAAGAUCGAGAAGACAAAAAAACAAUGUUAUACUAUCAAAAACUUUGAGAUUUUAAUCGCUUGAACAUAAAGAUUCUUUGUACCGAGAUUAACUGUUAUUAUAAUGAAGAAAUAUGCAGGUAAUUAAUUAUUAUAUAAAUACAUGAAUUUACUGACGUAAUUUUUGAAAAAGCACGUAGUGAUUGUAGCGACUUAUAUUAUUUUAUAUUACUUAUUUUAUAUUAGUUUUCUUAUAUUAUUUUGAUUGAAAAAGUUGUAGUAAUAUAAUCAAUUUCAAUUUUCUUCGCAAUGGUAAAAAUUGCAUGCACAAAAAUAUUAAUACUUCUCAAAAAUCUUAAUCUAUUUGUGUGUAUAUUAUAUUUUUGUAUUUUACAAAUACCACACGACUAUAAUAUGUGUACACUUCUGCGGAUGUUAUUGGCGCUUAACGUUUGUGAUAAUCUGUUUAUUUGUAGUUUUGCUGUAAAAAAUAUGUUAUAUAAUGUUUAUCAUGCUGAAAAACAUUUAUAUCUAAGUAAAUUAAACGGAUAUCGCUAAAAAAGAGAGUAUAUGUUUGUCACUUUUUAUAUUAAAAAUAUAAUAAACAUUUGUGUUAAUUA